CAACGCGCGGCGCUGGCUGCGGGCUAAGCUGGCUGUGGGUAUCUCCCCGCCGGCCGGGCGCCGGGAGGCGCGUCGCGGUGGCGAAGGUGGGUGCGCGCCUUGCGGGCCUCUGGGCGCCCAGGACCCCCUCCGUCCGCGUCCGCGCCUCGGAUCCGGUCCCGGAGCCCGUGAGACUCGCGCCUGGGACGCGAUCCCCCGAGCUCCCUACCCUCAGCCCGCGGCCUCGCAGACCCGGGUCUGCGGCCCAUCCGUCCGUCCGUCCGUCCGUGCGCCCGCAGAUCGUCUGCCCACAGGCCUUCCAUCGCCUCGCUUGUUUGGCUCUAGGACACGCCCCCGUGCAGGACUGGCCCCCCGCGCGUGCCAGGAGGGGUCGGCUCCACAGAGGCACGUGAACACUCCCAGGAAGCCCUGGGCAACUCCCGCUCAGCGGCUGCAUGUCUUCUGAAAAGCUUUCCUUCGGGUCGGCUGGCCUGGACACACCAAGAUGCAAGACGGGCGGGAGAUGAGGAUAGAGUCAGUGAGUGACCUCGCACAGGAAGCUGGAGAGGGGUCCCUCCACCGGACAGCUGGAGAAGAGAGUGGGGAUGGUUUGGAGCAGAGGAGAAGCUGCUGCGACGGUUCCCUGGCACUGCCUGAUGCGAAGGCUAGCAGCUCCAGGCUGGAAGAGGGUCUCCCCACCAGUACACUCAGCUGCCCACACCCAGGGGAGCUAAGCGGCGGGUGGGGAGAGUUCCAGGGCUUCCGGGAGUCUUCAGCUAAGUCUGAGCAGUUUUCUCAGUCCUUUGAACUCCUAGGGAGAGCCACAGAACAUCAGCAGAGACCCCCUCCAGUCCCCAAAGGGCAUGGUUCUUGCCAGGUGCAGCAGGAUGGACCCUGGGUGCCAGGCGCCGCUGCCGGCCCGUCUUCAGAGUCCAUCCUCAGCUAUGAGAAGGUUUUUAGGUUUGCAUUUCAAGAAGUCCCAGUGGAACGGGCGGCUGAAGACAUUUGCUCUCUAGACCAUUUCUUAGAAAUAAGCAGUGAAGAGAACAAUGGCCUCGCAUCCGUGCCUAGACUGUGUUCUGAAUCUAGGAAACUCUGGAGAGCCCUCCAGAACACCGACCGCCUGUCUGCUUCACCGUGUCUCUGGAGUGAAUCUCACUGCCGGGAAAACCUCUUUCCUGUCCUUGGCAUAGAUGCUGCUCAGAAGAGCCUUUCUGGAGGCCAGGGUCACAUUCUAGAAGGUUCUGACCUCAGAAAGCCUGAAGAGCUGCUGGCAGUCAGCAGUUUCCGCCUACACCACUGCAAGGCCCUGAUUCAGACCAAACUCUCAGGGACAUCUGGCUGCAGGCAGGGCAGCCUGAUUACCUACAGCCUGUUUCUGAAGACGCCACUACAUGGAAAUGGGCACUACAUCACCAUCCCACAAAAAAAGAUCUUCACUCCACGCAACCUAAAAAUGGCGUUCUUUAAUAAUGGUGUUUGCUAAUAUUUUACAUUCUUACUGGUUUGUUUUAGUACUAGAAUCUGAGAACUGUUCCGUGGCACCGCUUCCCAGAUCCAUAUUAGUUUCCUAGGACCUCUGUCAUCUACACCGUAUCUCGUGCACUCAGAUCUGAAGGGGUGCACAGGGAAUGUCCUAGGGCAGAGCCAGUCUCCAUAGCGUUUCUGGGGACACUGUAGGCUGGCACCAGGUGCCUGAUGACCCCUGCCUGGCUCAUAGUUGGAGCCAUGAGUUCAGAAGUUGGGAGUCAGAGCCCACCCUGGCCCUGUCUCCCCUUGUCCUUUUCCUAAGGUAUUAGUGAACACCCUUGUGUUGGGUACUUUUCUCCUGCCCUCGCUCAGCAGCCUUGGGGACAGCUUUUCUGAGUAGGAUGAGUAGAUGUCCCAGGAGGACAGCUUCCUUGGUCAACUACUGAGACACCGUUUUCUUCUAGGGAGGGUCAGACACAAGCAGGCAGCACUGAAUUUUGUAACCUUUUAUUAAAAAGAAAAGACUGUAUAA